UUCUCUGUAAAAUUUGAUGGCUAUACUCUCAACAUGUUGGCUAAUUGUAGAAUCCAUAGUGAUUCGAGAUGGUUUCUUGAAAUCGUCUAACAUGAGAUUAUACAUGCACCCUCUUGUUCUCUUUCUUUGUCAACUUCUUAUAUGGUUUUCUCUCUUCUUUUUAUGGCUUCUACCAUCUGUUCGAACGUUAUACAACGCCUAUUCAUCGUUCUUGGUCACGCUCUAUAAGCUAUUUAGUAGUUUUCUUCGAGUCAUUAUGGUCAGAAGGGAAGUUACAUGUAAUAUUGAGUCUAGUCAAGAUCUCAAGAAUACCCUUAAUAAAUUGGAACUUGCUAGAAGUAUACAUAGUCCGAUUCCCGCCUUUAGCUUUUCGUUUAAAUACCAAGUGGAUACUCAAUUAAAGGUUCUUCUAGCUCUGCGAGAAGGGAAGAUUUUUGUAGAGGAAGAUGAAGGUGAUUUUUUUUAUGAUUUCGAUCAAGAAGAUGUUGUUGAGCUUCUUGAAACGGAGGGCGAGGAGGAAGAGGAACAAGGCAUUGAUGACAUUGUUGAUGCUGUAAACAUAGAGAAGAAUCUUGAGCUCGAAAGUCAGACUGUGCCACUAGAUCAAGAAGUUGAAAAUUCUAUAACAACCAAUGAUGACGAAGAGGAAGAUAUUGAAAACUCAGACGUGGAGACUGAUCUAUCUUCUCUAGGAGCUAGCGAUAGAGAUCAUUCUUCGCCUUUAUCUAUUGCAAGCUUGGAUUCAGCGUGCCAAGAUUCAAUUCUUGUAGAGAAUCCAACACAACGGGGGGUUGAAGAUGUUGAAACCGAUCAAGUAUACAAGAAUUACUGCGAAAGAAUGAGAUGGUAUGACAUCCUCAGCCGCGAUAGAACCUAUGGUCUAAGUGCGAUCAUGAACCAAGUAACCGCAAGUAGUUUGAGCUUAUGGGGAGAAACUGCAGAGAAGAGGCUAAAACAAAGCAUAAAGAGAGACCUUGAGCUAGUCUAUGUUGCUCAAUCGUGUUUAUCAUGGGAAGCUCUUCUGAAUCAGUACAUUACAGUGAGAGAUCAUUUGAAACCCGCUGAUUCAAGAGGUGGUUUAUAUGAGGAUGAUAUCUCUAGAGACUUCCAAAACUUUCAGGUCUUGUUAGAGAGGUUCUUGGAAGAUGAGAGCUGCCAAGGAAAAAGAGUCUUGAGCUUUGUUCAAAGAAGAGUUGAGUUGAUGAGCUUCUUUCAAGUCCCAAGACUUUCAGGAUAUAAUAGAGAGGGACCUCAUGAAGGGGCAGAAGAAAGACAGGACAAACAAGUGUUGAAAGCAAUAGAGAGAUGCAUCGAAGUCUUCUAUGACUUUCUGAAAGUAGACAUCAAGAAACCUCUGAUAUGGGAAAGACUUAAAACCUCUUUGACUAAUUCUCCUCUUAAGGAAUUGGAAGAUCCUAAAGACUUUAAGCUCUUUCUUGACCUUAAAUAUUCACUCCAAAAGAAGGAACAACUAUUGAAGGAGAUGCAAGGGAACAAGAAGAAAAUUUGGUUCAAGAAGAAAUAUUCUAACAUGGAAGAAACUAUAGAGAGAGAUGGACAUGAUUUGUUAGUGAGGUUCAUAAUGAUAGAUUUAAAGCUCGUGUCUAGGGUUUUACACAUGUCUCUAGUCUCAUCUUCUCACCUCAAGUGGUGUCAACAAAAGCUCAACAACAUUCACUUUAACGGUGACAAGAUUUCUAGAACUUUCUCUCCUAUUUUAUUCCCAUCUUCCUGAUUAUCUUAAAGAUAGGGUUUUCACCAUUUGUAAUUAUUGAUCUACUUUCUCAAGUCUA